AUGUCUGAUAAAGUUCAUAUUACAGCACAAUCAAGUAGUGUAGAUCAUUCUUUAGAGGCAAUUGCUGGUGGUCUUGCUGGUAUGUCAACCAUUGCAUUGACUUAUCCAUUCUCAACAGUCUCUACUAGAUUACAAGUACAACAAAAACAAGCAAAUAAACAACAACAGAAUCCACAACAAGUAUUACCGGUUCCCUACAAAGGAACAUUGGAUGCAUUCCAGAGAAUCAUUGCAGAGGAACACUGGACUUCAUUGUACAACGGUUUGAAAUCCGCUUUGAUCGGAAUCGGUUGUUCAUCAUUCGUCUACUACUAUUGGUACUCUCUCUUAAAAUCAAUCUCACUCAAAUUCCAAAACAAAUCGGAACUCGGUACUUUAGAGAAUCUUUUGAUUGCUGCUCUAUCUGAAUCAUUUACUAAUAAUAAAAUCAUCAAUUGUUUAGGUGCUGCCAAUGUUAUUACAACACUACCAAUAUGGGUUGUAAAUACACGUCUUCAAUUAAAGUCAAACAAAGGAAUCGUUGACCAAUUCAAAACUAUUAUCAGAGACGAAGGUGUCGGAGGAUUAUACAAUGGUUUGAUUCCAGCACUCAUUCUCGUUUCAAAUCCAUCUGUCCAAUUUGUAUCCUACGAGAAGUUGAGAUCUAUUUGGAAGAGAUACAAGGGUACUUCCAAGUUGAAUUCUCUUGAAAUAUUUGUACUUGGUGCAAUUGCCAAGUUGAUUGCUGGUGUAGUUACAUAUCCAUACCUCUUGGUAAAGAGUAGACUUCAAGCAACAGCAAGCUCAGAGUCACCAUAUAAGGGAACUUUCGAUGCCAUCACUAAAAUUUUCAAAUCUGAUGGAUUCCUCGGAUUCUUUAAGGGUAUGCCAUCAAAGAUGGUCCAAACUGUUUUGGGUGCUGCAUUCAUGUUUUUGGUCAAAGAAAAGAUUGUUUACUACACAGUUUAUGAAAUUAAUACAGAGUAUAACAUCAUAAAGUAUUUCCCUUCUGUACCUUACCAUUGA